AUGUCCGACACUGAGGAAUUGGAUCAGGUCGAGGACGAGGAAGCCCAGGAGGAGGUAGUAGAAGUAGAAGUAGCCCCUGAGGCGGAGGCCCAGGUAGAAGCAGAGUCGGAUGUAGAGCCUGAACCAGAACCAGAGCCAGAGGAGGUGCAAGAAGACGCCUAUGAAGAGGAAGAGGACGAGGGAGAUCAAGAUGAGGAGAAGCCAAAGUUCAAACCCUCUGCUCCAAAGAUCCCUGAUGGUGAGAAAGUGGACUUUGAUGACAUGCAGAAGAAACGUCAAAACAAAGACCUGGUUGAGCUGCAGUCGCUGAUCGACGCUCACUUUGAGUGCAGGAAGAAGGAGGAGGAGGAACUCCUUGGGCUCAAAGACAGAAUUGAGAAGCGUCGCAAUGAGCGAGCCGAGCAGCAGAGGAUUCGCUCUGAGAAAGAUAAAGAGCGGCAGGCCAGACGAGAGGCAGAGCGGCAGAAAAGGGAGGAGGCAGACGCCAACAGGAAGGCGGACGAUGAAGCUAAGAAGAAGAACGUGCUGAGCAGCAUGGGAUCAGGCUACAGUAGCCACCUGCAGAAGAUUGACCAGAAGAGAGGCAAGAAGCAAACUGAAAGAGAAAAGAAGAAGAAGAUCAUGUCAGAGAGAUGCAAACCCCUGGACGUCAAUGAUUACAGUGACGACAAUCUGAGGGAAAAGGCAAAGGAGCUGUGGGAGUGGCUGCACAACCUGGAGGCGAUCAAAUACGACCACUGCGAGAAGCUCAAGAGACAGAGAUAUGAGGUGGUAUCUCUCAGAAACCGCAUCGAUGAGCUGCAGAAACACAGCAAGAAGGGAGCCGCCUCACGCCGCAGGAAGUGAGCGGCUGAUGAGCGACGAUCAGUCCGGACAGGAGGCGCCUCCCCUCGGCUACAUCAGAUGCUCAGACCCCGUAGACACCCGCAGCUCCGGAACAACUGGACCUCUUAGUGUCUGCUUGAGUUUUCUGGAUGAUUUUGCUUUACUGAAGAAAUUUUAAAAAUGUCAUCACUGUGUUUAUGUAAAAAAAAGAACAAGAUUCAAAUCAA